AUGGCGAACAAAAAAGUAAACAUGCCACGACGUAAAAAGCCAGUAAAUAGAGAAGAUAUGUUAAGAAAAAAACGAUUAGCGGAACAAAAAAGGCGCAACAAAAUAAAGUCUAACCCUGAGCUAUACAAAGAAUACUUAGAAAAAGAAAAAGCUCGCUAUAUCAAAAGAAAGGAUACUAAAAAAAUUGUACCAAUUAAAGAAUUAAAGCCAAGGGAACAGAGGGCACAGAGAAAAAAAUGGAAGAUAAACCAACAGAAUUUAAGAAGAAAGAAAAAAGAACUUAAAAUGUUACAAGAAAAAGAUACGCCACCUGAAUCAGAUUCUGAAGAUUUCCUGGAACGAAAUUUUGAAUUACAACAAGAACAUCAAGAUGCAAUAAAAAAAGCUUCUACUUUUGCAAGAUUAGUCACCGAGAAUUAUGCGUCACAUGAUCCAUGGAUUAAUCCCAGACCUGGACCGUCUGAUCAAUCUGAGUUAAUCAUAGGCAAUAAAACACCAGACAAUCGGAGACCAGUUACAAAAAAUUGCACAUCAAAUUCUGCUCAACCUAUUUGUCACACUCCUAAGGAUAGUCCCUCUUCAGCUACGCGUAGAGUUCGCUAUAGAAUGCUCAAAAAAUGCAAAUACUAUCAAAAACGUUUGUCGGAGCUAGAAAAGCAAAAUGCAGCGUUUCGCAAACGCGUUUUUCGCAUGAGACAAACUAUUACUAAGCUAAAGUCUUGUAACAGCCCAGGAACAAAAGCCGGAAUGAUAAUGGCCGACCCUACCAAAAAAGAAGAUGUUAAAAAAGCCAUAAUAUUUGGCGAUAUUUUAAAAAGUAACAUCAAUCUAGAUUACGAGAACCAGAAAAAGGCUGAAAAACAAAAGCUCAAAGAGAAUAUAGAACCAGUACGUGAGAAACUGAAAAAUUAUAAUUUACUUAAGGAGUUGCCUAAAAUAACAAGGAAAUCUAAUAGAAAAGAAAAAGAAAGCACGAAAAAAGAGCAAAUUGAUAGUGACAUUCGAUGUUUUUAUGAAGAUGAUGAUAAUUCUAGAAUGACGUCUGGUAAAAAAGACUGCAUCACUUUAAACAAACAAAAGAAGCAGAAGAGGUUUCUUAAAGAUAGUCUUUUGAACCUGCACAAAAAGUUUUUGAAGAAAUACGAUUAUAACGUCAGUUACUCAUAUUUUUGCAAAGCAAAGCCAUUUUGGGUUAUAGUUCCUCCAGAAAAGGAUAGAGAGACCUGCAUGUGUAAAAUACACGAAAAUGUAGAUUUGCUGGCGAAAGCUCUUCACAAAAACGAAAUAAUCGUCGAAAAAUCUGCAAAAGAAAUCUUGUCUUCUAGUGUAUGCAACAUCUACAAUAUAAAAUGUCUGGAAAAUAAAUGCAGAGUUUGCAUUAAUAAAGGCCUGACAGUCAGGGAGUUUAAAAAUUCUAUUGAGAUUGAAUAUCAAAUGUGGGGCUCGGGUUUGAAGGAAGUACGAACAAAGAAUGGAUUAAGAAUAAUAAAGAUUACUGAGAAAAAACAGUUUAGAGGAAAACCAAGAGAAGUAUUACUUCUUUUGUUAAAGCUUCUAAUAAAGUUUUACGUUCACAAUGCUAAUAUUGUGAACCAGUACGAAUGCACAACGAAAUUGAAGAGGGAACCUGAAAGCAACAGUGUUGUGAUCCAUAUGGAUUUUAGUGAAAAUUAUUCGAUCAAAUACAACACCGAGAUUCAGUCUCUGCAUUUUGGCGGAAGCCGCAUGCAGAUAAGUCUUCACACUAGCGUUAUAUACCUCAGUAGCUCUUCAACACCUAUAAGCUUUUGCACAUACAGCGAUAGCGUGCGUCACGAUGCAGCUGCUGUCUGGGGACAUAUAAUUCCUAUACUGAGGUAUAUCGAGAAAACGGCGCCAGAAACUGAAUCACUCCACUUCAUGACCGACUCCACGUGUAGUCAAUACCGGAAUAAGACUAUAAAUUAUAUCAUCACGAAAUUGCACUGGUACUUACCAAAACUAAAAACUGUCACGUGGAAUUACUCAGAAGCUGGCCACGGAAAGGGGGCACCAGAUGGCGUCGGGGCUACCUUAAAAAGGACGGCUGAUCGAAUAGUCAGAUGUGAGAAAGAUAUACCUGACAUUAAAACAUUUUCGGAAGAGAUUAAAAAAAUCCGUAAAAAACGCAUGAUGAAUGUGCAUCAGAUUGUGUGGGACAAAAAUAAUAAAGACUUAAUUGCUCUUCGACGCCAAAGCUGCAUAACUGAUUUGUGUAAAAAUUAUGCUAUAGCUUGUCCCCACGAUAAACACCUCGGGUUUUACAGUCAUCCCACAGAAGAGUCGAAUCAGACAAACUCUUCUAAAGAACUUGUGAUUAUUUCCAAUGUUGUACUCGUGCCAAGUCGUGAAGAAAGAUCUCGCAAUAAUUUCCAAAACCAGUUUGAAGAGCAUUUGCUCCAAAAUCAAAAAAGUGAUGACGAAUAUGAAGGAGAGCGGGCAUCGUGCCCGUCACUUGAAGUUGCUAAAAUUCAAAGAUCGGAAGCAUUUUUAGCUCGUACGAACGCAGAGUUGCCAAGAGAGUUACAAGACAUCAAAACAGCGAAAUUUGAAGAACAAACGUUCUGCUUGUCUCAAGAUGUUAGCAUGAUUAUAGAAACGUCGGCAGUUACUGAUAUUAAUUCAGAUUUAGAUAUUACCCUAGAGCCAUCCGAAAUUGUGAUGUUUGAGACGUCAACCCCAUUUGAGGCUGCUCCAAUUUAUGCCGAAACUUUAAUCGCUUUGCCGGGUGCUUCUACAGCAGAUAAUGAAGCUAUCUCCGAUCCAAUGAAUGUGUCAUGCGUUGACCCGUUAGGUAGUGAAUUUGACGAAGCAUCUUCCAAUAUAACAGGAUUAGAAAAGGCAAAGCUAAGGGAUAUAUGA